AUGUUAUUGAUUAAACUAUUCUCUCCUCCAGACAAUUCAUCUCAUUUAAUUUCACUUAAACUUAUAUCCCCGGUUGAUUCUUUUGAUGGUGAUGAGUCCAAUACCUCGUCUUUUCGGGUGGAAAAAGGCGAUUCAAAGCCGGACAUACCUCUUAGCAAUCAAAAUGAUGAUCGAGAUAUUCAUUUAAUUCAUCCUAAACCUGCUUAUUUGAAAGAUCCUUUUCAAUAUUCAAAUGUAUCAUCUCAUUAUAUAAAUUUGAUAGCUUCAUCUGAUCUUUCGAUAGGUAGUUCUGGAAAUAGUCAAACUAGUCAGGCUAAUAUAAAUAAUAGAAAUAAUACAAAUGUAAUAGGUAUAUUAAGCCGCAAUGUUAGUGAUGAUGAACUAACAGUAAAUGAUGACGUCGAUUCAUCUCAAGAUAUCGGACUAAUAUUAAGAAGGCUAUAA